AAACUAAAAAAAAACUUCCCGUCGAGUUCGGUUGGCGUCACCAUAUAUAAAGAUCACCGGGAGUUCCCGAAAAAUCACAUUCAGUAUCCGAAGCCGAACAAUGGUUAACAUGAGCUAUCACCAAUCUCAACUAAAAUAUAUACACAGUCCGAACCCAAGACAGUCGAGAAAGCGAAAUACCAAAAGAAAAAGGACUUGUUGGGACAAAUUAUCGCCAACGACCAAUUGCCAGACGUGAUCAUAAGAGCCUUUCAGAAGUCCUGGUCCAGCGCGUUCCAGCGUGUGGAAGACUCAUCGGUGUCGACUGAGUAACGGAGCGAAAGAUGACUGCCGAGUGGCUUCACCUGCCCCCUCCGUACCCCCCAGGUGUGGGACCGCUGUGUGGUGCAGAGUUGGAGGCGUGGUAUGAGGACCUGCAGGACAUACUGGGAUCAGACGGGGGCGGGGCCAAACUGGCGCGUGCCCCUCCCUGCUCUGAGGAGCCGGAGUUCCUAGAUGUUUUGGAGAGCUGUUCCCUGACAUGGCUGACAGACGGGGUGGGUGUCGGGGGCGAGGCGUGGGACGGAGGUGAGGGGGUCCAGAGGGUCACGAUCCCGGAGGAGCCUCCUACCCAUCCACCCCACCACACCUCCAACACCUCCCGUCCGAGUCCAGCUGAGGAAAGGGCGGAGAGGCAAGGGGACAGGGAGGGAGGGAGGGAUGGAGAAAGAGGUGGCUCAGGAGGAGGGGGCCUGUUGCCCCCAGAGUUCUUUGAGUUGCUGAACGAGGGAGGGGUGGGCAUGGUGGAGACCGGAGGGGUGGGCAUGGUGGAGACAGGAGGGAUCAUGGUGAGCGGUAGCCACCACCAUCAUCAUCAUCAGCUUCAUCAUCACUCCGACAAUGUCCAACAACCUGAGUCUCCCUCCGCCAGCGAGGAGGAAAACACCUGUGUCCCCGACUCUCCCUCCUGCUCUCCGUCCGACUCUCCCUCCUGCUCUUCGUCUGCCUCUCCGUCCACCUCUCUCAACUGCUCUCCUCCUUCCUCUCCUACUAGCACCUCGUUCUCCUCGUCUCGGCAGGACAAACGCAAGAGGGGCAACUCUCUGUCCUUCCCUUCCUCCGGCUCACACUCAUCCUCCUCUUCUGCAAAGAAGAGCAGGAGAGAGAGGGAGCAGGAGAACGAGAGGAAGGUGCAGGAGCUGACAGAUCAGAACGAGAGGUUGAAAGCAGAGAUAGACAGACUGGGAGAGGAGGUGCAGAGGACACGCCGAGCCCUGAUAGAGAGACUAGUUAACACCAGGAAGUGAGGGAGGAAGGAAGUAACAAGGCAGAACAUGAGCAUUUGGAAUAGCAGGUUGGCGGUGAAGAGUUUAACACGAUGGAGACUUUGAAAUGCCUUUUCUAGACAGCACUAAGAGAGAAACCAAAAGAUAUGUUUUAAGAAGAAAGUUAAAUGAUAAUUUUCUGAAAAACUGUAUGAGAAAGUAAGAAGGAAAAAGGGGUAGAUAUAAAGAAAGAGCGAGCGAUGGAAGAGGAAGUCAAAGGAACAGCACAGAGAGAAAGAACGGUGGCAGACAGAUGGACAUACAGGGUGUAAAAUAAUGGAAGAAAAGGUUCAGACAGGUGGACAUACAGGGUGUAAAAUAAUGGAUGAAAAGGUUCAGACAGAUGGACAUACAGGGUGUAAAAUAAUGGAUGAAAAGGUUCAGACAGAUGGACAUACAGGGUGUAAAAUAAUGGAUGAAAAGGUUCAGACAGAUGGACAUACAGGGUGUAAAAUAAUGGAUGAAAAGGUUCAGACAGAUGGACAUACAGGGUGUAAAAUAAUGGAUGAAAAGGUUCAGACAGAUGGACAUACAGGGUGUAAAAUAAUGGAUGAAAAGGUUCAGACAGAUGGACAUACAGGGUGUAAAAUAAUGGAUGAAAAGGUUCAGACAGAUGGACAUACAGGGUGUAAAAUAAUGGAUGAAAAGGUUCAGACAGAUGGACAUACAGGGUGUAAAAUAAGGCAGGAAAAGCAUCAGAAGGUGGAUGGGUCAUGUUCUCUGUUGAGAGGUUACAGUGUACUGUAUCUACAUGUAGGGUCGGUCGUCUCAGGAAGCAUCUUAGAAAUAGAUGGGUUAACUAACGACGAAUGAUUGGGCCGUUUAGGUUAUUCAGUCUCGCGUAGAGGUCAGUAUGAAGUACGGAUGGGUUAGAUUCAAUUAACCGAUUGGGGCCUUUGAUUCCAAAAAUGAAGGAAUUGAUUCGGAAGCAUCUACCUAUGAAGAUUGUGAACCAACACCUAUAUAUCCCAAGCGUUGCAUGGGUCACGUUCAUUAAGCAUCAAAUGCAAAGAAACAAAGUGGGACAAGGUGGACAAAAAAACAACAACAUUUGUUUAGUUCUGUUGCAAAACAUUUUAAAACGUUUUCUGUUGGGUGCCCUAAUGAAUGCGAUUGUGAUUGGGCGUUUUGCUCGUUAAGCCUAGUGAAGGGAUUAGUAAAAAUUCUGAUUUGUUUCGGGGUGUCGGCAUUGAUUCCAAAAUUAUGGCUAAUCGAAAAAAACAAUGAAAGUGAUUUUUCCCUUUGCUAGGAUUUAUUGAUUGGGGGGGUUUGGUAGGAAUUUUUAUUGAUCGGGCUCCGUCAACGAAGCGAUUCUGACAAACAUGUGUUGGACUCAUUCCUAGUAUGAAGGUAGUGAGAACUAAAACAAGGACAGUGCAGUUCAUAGUCACGCCAUCCUUUAUCUAGCCUGGUUAAACCUGACUGAAUGCUAAGCCUACCUUUGUUUCCCAGGGAAGCAACCGUGAAACGUAGCUAAAUACCAGGCUAUCCCUUAUCCGCCAACCUCAAAUCUAAAAUGAAUCCUAAAGACUGCAGAGACCAUCAGAGAUAAUAUUUCUUGUCCAGUUUCUGGAGUAAUAUAGAUAAUAUAGUAAUAUAGAUGUAAUAGUAAUAUAUAUAGUAUACUAUAUAGUAAUAUAGAGCUCAGGAAAGUUUGUCAGUCAGUAACUCAGUACUUCUAUAAGCCGCUACGGCUUUACUGUGCGUGGAUAGUUUUACACCGAGAACGUUGGAUAGUUUUACACCGAGAACGUGGGAUAGUUUUACACCUAGAACGUGGGAUAGUUUUACACCUAGAACGUUGGAUAGUUUUACACCGAGAACGUGGGAUAGUUUUACACCUAGAACGUGGGAUAGUUUUACACCUAGAACGUGGGAUAGUUUUACACCUAGAACGUGGGAUAGUUUUACACCUAGAACGUGGGAUAGUUUUACACCUAGAACGUGGGAUAGUUUUACACCGAGAACGUUGGAUAGUUUUACACCGAGAACGUGGGAUAGUUUUACACCGAGAACGUGGGAUAGUUUUACACCUAGAACGUUGGAUAGUUUUACACCUAGAACGUGGGAUAGUUUUACACCGAGAACGUGGGAUAGUUUUACACCUAGAACGUGGGAUAGUUUUACACCUAGAACGUUGGAUAGUUUUAUACUGAGAACACAUCUUUUUCUAUCAAAUUGACUGAAUUUAGUGGUAGUGAUAUUUACAAUGUAGAGCUCUACCCUGAUUCACAUAUAUAUUUUAUAUACUCCUGUAUUAUACGAACACAGUUCUACUGAAAUAAAACCUUCACUGUACCCAUAUUGAUUCAACAUUUCACUGUCAAUGAUGCAUCGGUUUAGUGGUUGAAUUGUUUCUGUUAAAAUGACAAGGAAACAUUGUAUGUACUUUUGUUAUUGUAUGAUUAGAGUUGCAAAUAAAAUCCUAUAAAAACA